AUGAGCGAGCAGGCCAAAACAGAGCUGUCAUGUGGUGGUGAGUACGAAAGGGGUGUCCCCUGGUACCCCCUGAGAAAAUGGUGGCAGUCCAGCCGGCUUUUCAAUCAGGAUGUUGGCUUGCCUCCUUUCCUGGAGACGUGGGACCCUCGGUGGAUGGAUGUGGACCGGCUCCAGAGGAGUUUGGCAGCCUGCUCCUGGCCAGGGUACAUACCCACUCCGCUGUUUGUGCCCUACAUCUCUGGGUCGAUGCAUCAUCCUGGCCAGAAGAUUAGUAAGGAGCACUACAAGUGGAGGGUCAGCCUGGACGUGGCUCACUUCUCCCCCUCAGAGAUUUCUCUCCAUGUCAGAGACGGAUUCCUGGAGGUCGGAGGGAAACACGAGGAGAGGCCAGACGAGCAUGGAUUUAUUGCCAGAUGUUUUACAAGGAAAUACAGGCUCCCAGCUGAGAUUGAUGCCACCAAAAUUGAAUCCACACUUUCUGUUGAUGGUAUCCUGACUGUCGAAGCUCCAGUUCCAGAAACCUCUGUUCCUGCUGCCAUAAUCAUUCCCAUAAAGGUGGAGAUGGAGGUGGCUGGAGAGAAAGAGGAGAAAGAAGAAGCCCCUGAUACAGAGCCAGAUAGCAGUAGAGCAACUGAGGCCCCAGACUUCCCGUCUGCAGAGGAUAAAGGGGAAGAGACUCCACUAGAAGUCCAUGAUGAUCAGGCCCACCCUGGCAGCGCCACAGCUGGGCUUCAACAGCAUGAAGAGAGGAGGGAACAGGAGGAGGAGACUCAUGAAAAGCCAGCUGGAGAGUCCCACCCUUCAGUGCUUGCAGAUGGCGAAGGCACAGAGAGUCUUCAAGAUUCUUCUAAGCACCAAGAAACCCUGGAAAGCCAAGAAAGCUCAGACACAGACAUGUCCAAACAGCCGGAACACAAAGAACCAGCCGUGGAUGGAGAGAUCCAGGUAAUGGCAGGCUCAGGGGAGGCUGCUGAGGCGAUCACCCAACCCGAGGAGCCGGAGCUGGGCAAGAGUCCACUGAGUGAGGUCCCGAGCCAGGAGCUGGAGGAUCCCGACAUAAAACAAGAACACACUGAGUAGAAACACAAAAGUUGCCUCAAUGUUGCACACACUACAUAUUGACCAAAUACUCAAACAGCCUUCAU